AUGUUUCUAUAUGUUAUAGCGUUCCUGAGAGUUUCCUUGUACAUAGCUCUCCAGUAUAAAGCUGUCAGUGAAGCAGUGGCUUUCAUGGCUACCAAAUCAGGAACCUGCAUGAGGAAGCGAGCUUCUAUGUUCAGAGUGAAUGUUGUUUCAGACCAGAAUAUUGUAAAUCCUGAAAACUGUCAUGAUAGUACUGUAGGUAGUAAAAUCAGGGUCCGUGUUCAGAAAGAAGAUGGUGGUAUUAGUGUUGUUGCAGCUGAUUCUGCUUUCUCACACACCAUCCCAAAGAAUUACCAGCACGUACUGGCCUUGGCAUUUGCUGUAAAGGAAAUCAAUGAAAACCCAGAGAUCUUACCCAACAUCACCUUGGGCUUCCACAUCUAUGACAGCUAUUUCAGUGCUAAGUGGACUUAUCUUGCCACGAUGCAACUAAUGUCCACACCAAGGACAUUUGUCCCGAACUUCAAAUGUGACAUCCAGAAUGAUCUGCUUGCCAUCAUUGGUGGAUUGGACUCCCACACCUCUUUUGACAUUGCAACAAUAUCCAGCAUCUAUAAGAUUCCUCAGCUCAUAUAUGGCUUUGCUACAUCCAGAAUGGAUACAGAUGCAGUCCUUACCUUCUACCAGAUGUAUCCUAAUGAAGCCCUUCAGCAUGCAGGGCUUGUCUCUUUACUGCUGCAUUUCAAGUGGACAUGGGUUGGGGUUCUAGUGAUGGAUGAUGACAAUGGAGAAAGCAUUGUGCAAACAUUACUUCCACUGUUUUCCAAGUAUGGUAUCUGCUUUGCCUUAGUGGGAAGAUUUCCAAGACCAAAAUAUGUCACUGAGUUUCAAGCCAUCAUGGAACCAGGGAUGGAAUUACUUGUUAAACUCCUGACCAGCAAGGCCAAUUCAUUUGUAGUUUUUGGACUCUCUUAUUCUGUCAGUGAUUUGCUAUGGUUGGUGAGACUAUCAGAAGACUUCAGUAUUCCAUGGAAAGCAAAAGGUAAAAUGUGGAUACUGACAGCCCCAAUUGAGUUCAGUUUAUAUGUCUAUCAAAGAGUUUUUGAUACAGAUGAAAUCCAUGGUUCUCUGGCCUUUACAGUUCACUCAAGUGAUAUUCCAGGAUUUCAGAAAUUUGUUGAGAGAAGAAACCCAUAUGAUAGAAAUGGAGAUGGCUUCAUACAGAACUUCUGGUGCCAUGCCUUUGACUGUGAAUUCCCAAAUCAGGAGCAAGAAGAGAGAGAUCUGGGAGAAAUUUGCACGGGGCAAGAGAAGCUGGAGAGAAUUCCUGGGUCUUUUUUUGAAAUGGGCAUGACUGGCCACAGCUACAGCAUUUACAAUUCUGUAUAUGCUCUGGCCCAUGCUGUACAUGCUAUGCUGUCAUUCCAAACCAAGCACAGAAGAAAGGUAAAUGCAAGGAGCCUGAAUCUUCCAAGUCGAGACCAAUGGCAGCUCCAUCACUUCCUUAGAGGUGUUGCAUUUAACAACAGCGCUGGGGACACAAUUUCAUUCGAUGAGAAUGGGGUGUCAGUCACUGGAUUUGAUGUGAUGAACUGGGUCUUUUCCCCAAACAAAACCUUCCAUAGAGUGAAAUUUGGGACAAUGGAUCAUCAGGUUCCCCAAGCUCCUCUAGAUGAAACAUUCAAGAUUAAUAAUGAACAAAUGCAUUGGCCCAGAUUCUUUAACCAGACACAACCUAUUUCUGAAUGCAGUAAGAGUUGCCAUCCUGGUUAUAGCAAGCAAGUGAAGGAGAGAGAGCCAUUUUGCUGCUAUGAUUGCAUCCAAUGUCCAGAAGGAAAGAUUUCAGACCAGAAGGAUAUGAGUGACUGCUAUAUAUGCACAGAAGAAAAAUUUCCAAACAAAAACCAUGAUUUAUGCAUUCCCAAGUAUAUCAGCUUCUUAUCUUAUGGAGAACCUUUGGGCCUUAGCUUAGCCCUUUGUGCUCUUUUACUGUCUUCUAUCACAGCUUUGGUAUUAGGAACAUUUAUGAAGCAUCACAACACUCCCAUUGUCAAGGCCAACAACCGGGGCCUCACCUACACGCUUCUCAUCUCUCUCCUGCUCUGCUUCCUCUGUGCUUUGCUAUUCAUUGGCCAACCAGAGAAAAUUACAUGUCUGCUCCGACAACCUGCUUUUAGCAUCAUCUUUUCAGUGGCUAUUUCCUGCAUCCUGGCCAAAACCAUCACUGUGGUUCUGGCUUUCAUGGCUACCAAACCAGGAAGCAGGAUAAGGAAAUGGGUGGGGAAAAGACUGGCCAACUCCAUUGUUCUUUUCUGCUCUCCUCUUCAGGCAGGGAUUUGUAUUGUCUGGCUUGCUAUGUUUCCCCCAUUCCCAGAUGUUGACAUGCAUUCCGUUGUUGAACAAAUUGUACUGGAAUGUAAUGAAGGAUCUGUUAUUAUGUUUUACUGGGUCUUGGGUUAUAUGGGUCUCUUGACAAUGGUCAGUUUCACUGUAGCUUUCCUUGCUCGCAAAUUGCCUGACAGUUUCAACGAAGCCAAAUUUAUCACUUUCAGCAUGUUGGUGUUUUGCAGCGUUUGGAUUUCCUUUGUUCCAACUUACCUGAGCACCAAGGGAAAGUACGUGGUAGCUGUGGAGAUCUUCUCUAUCUUAGCCUCCAGUGCUGGGUUGCUGGGUUGUAUUUUUACCCCCAAACUUUAUAUUAUUGUGUUUAGGCCUGAACUGAACAACAGGGAACAGCUAAUGAAAAGAAAGAGUUGA